CGAGCAUCCUGUCGCCAUGGAAACGUCAACGUGAGUGCCUGACGUUAGUUUUGCAAAUGGCUGAGUCAGUGAUGAGAGUUUUAUAUGGCAAAGGGACUUCUUUAAAUUUGUCUUCAAGGAAAAUAAACAAGGUUCCCGAGUGUGUCUCUAGACUGACAAACCUCUCAGCUCUCCUGCUGAACAACAACUCCAUUACCGCCCUGCCCGCCGAGCUGCUCUCUCUACAGCACCUGGCUGAGCUGAAUUUGGGAAAUAAUGCCUUGAAGGAGUUUCCCGCUGUUCUGGGCCAUCUGGAAUCCUUGAAGAAACUGUAUCUGUUCAGCAACCAAAUUACAGUCGUGCCACCUGAGGUGAUAGGUGGCUUACAAAACCUUGUUGUGCUCAAUCUAAACCACAACCAGAUUCAAAGACUUCCACCAGAGAUCAAAAGUUUGAGUAGGCUUCAGCGUCUCAGUUUGCUGGACAAUAAGCUGGAGGAGGUCCCUGCUGAGUUGGGUCAUCUCACCAAAUUGUCUGAGAUAAACUUGACUUCCAAUCAUUUGUCUCAGCUACCUCAGCAGCUGUACCAGUGUAAAGAACUAACCAAGUUGUAUGUAGCCAGAAACAAGCUGAACAGCCUACCAGAGGGAAUUGGGAUGCUAACAAAACUUAAAGUUCUGGAUGUAGCUGGGAACAAGUUGUCCAUGUUCCCUGUUGAGUUUCACCUGCUGCCUCUGAACGAGCUCUUCUGUGAAGGCAACAUGUUGGUGCGCUGUGAGCCGAUGGCGUCAGUGCAGGAUGCAGAGGUGUUUUCAUUAAAGGAACUGGUUGCCAGAUUUGUGUUGCGGGAGGACAGGAACAGGUCCUCUCUGGUCCACAGGAUGCUUUCCCAUUACCCGAUCCUGACCGCCCUCUUGGCCAAUGGCAGCUGUUGUGCGAUCUGCCACGGCCCCUUUCUCACCAUCUGGCUGGAAUGUGUGCAUUUUAUCAGCCUGAGGAAGGACAUGAAAAUGAAGAGCACGUUGACUAUUCCAGUGCGAGCCCUUCUUUGUUCAUACAAGUGCUUUAAUACGAUUGGACACUCCUACUAUGGUGUUGCAGCAAGAUAAAUACAGGUUCAUUUAAAGGAGUCAGGGCAGAGGAGCACAGUGAGUGAGAGGGGAGAGACCUUUACUGGGAAGGUGAGUCUAAAUGAUUUUACAGAAUAGAGUCAUUUGUGAUGCAGAAUUUUAUGGAACUCAAUUUGAAUAUGAAAUAUGAAACAUUUCAGUCAAGGUGCACCAUAGAAGACUUAUUUACUUAUAAGACUUAUUUAUUACUUAUUUAUUUAACUUGAGCUUUUUUUUGAGAGUAAUGAUUAGAAAGUGGAGAAAGCCAAGUUACACACACACACACACACAUAUAUAUAUACUAAUAAAUAACUACUAAUAACUAAUAAAUAAUUUCUAUGUUCGCUCACAUCCUGUGCAUCUCCUUGGGGCUAAGCCCCCCUGUCCUUAAAACCUAGUGACGCCUCUGCUAAUUUAUUAAUUAUUUAAGUAUUAUUUUGAAAUAUUAUCUAAUAAUGUCCCAUGUAAUAAUAUAUCAGUCACAAGUACUUUUACCUUGAUACUUUAAGUGCAUUUUGCUAGUAAUACUUCAUAAAGUAAAGGAUUUGAAUACUUGUUCCAUGACUGAUGUUGGUGUCAUUUAAAUCUGUGGUCACUAGGUGGCAUCAAAUGAACAUGGAAAAUUGCUCCUCCACCGUGUUUGGAACCUCAACUGAUAGCAUAUCAUGUAUAAAUACUGUGCCAACCAUAGCUUUUAUAAAACCAACAACAACAGAAUAAACAUAGCAACAACUGA